AUGCUGCAGCAGCAAGUGGACGACGUGAAGCGCCUGUGGGCCAACAAGCGGCAGCUGGCCCAUCAAGGCUUGAACCUCGCCAUGGUCGUGCUUACGGCUCUCAUGAUAUGGAAAGCACUCAUGACGUUCACAGAGAGCGAGUCGCCUGUGGUCGUCGUUCUGAGUGGCAGCAUGGAGCCGGCUUUCCAGCGCGGCGACAUUUUGUACCUGGACAACCGCAAACCGGAGCUCGAGAUUGGCGACAUUGUCGUGUACAAGGUCAAGGGCCGGGAAAUCCCCAUUGUCCAUCGAGUGCUGGAGCUGCACGAACGAGCCUCGGAUGGGUACCACGUAUACCUCACCAAGGGCGACAACAACAACGUUGACGACCGUGGACUGUACGCACACGGCCAGUCGUGGCUCGAGCGCGACGACAUUGUGGGCAUUGCUCGAGCAUCCGUUCCUUACGCCGGGAUGCUGACAAUCUUGCUGAACGACUACCCGAUGCUCAAGUACUUGUUGGUGGGUGGCAUGGGCUUCUUGGUGUUCACGCAGCGCGAGUGA